UUUCAAAUUGUACGUUACGUCGAGUGCACGUGUUAUGAGGCUGAACUUUAAGUUCAAAAAUCUUUUUGGAACAGCCUACAAGUGUGGAUCCAUUGUUUUUACGAACAAUGGCUUGGGUCUUUUGAGCCCAGUUGGCAACCAGAUAACAGUUUUUGAUCUUAAGAAAGAUGAAGUAGCAUCUAUUGAUAUUUCCUCGUUCCACGAUGUGCAUCAUUUGGCGUUGUCUCCUUCAAUACCUCUUCUAGUCGCCAUUAAUGAGGUUGGUGAUGCGUCUUUAUGCUCACUCUCCACAGGAGCUGUGAUAUCUGUGUAUCCUUUCAAGGGAGUGGUCUUGGCUGUUUCCUUCAGCCCAGAUGGAAAGUUCUUGGCUGUUGCAAAAGGUAAUAAUGUGAUGCUUUUCUUCGCACCCUCUCCAAACCGCCAGUUUAAUCAUUUGGAACUCUAUCGCGUGUUUUACGGCUUUACAGAUAACGUUACUUGUAUUGAUUGGUCUCGUGAUUCUAGGUUUUUCAUUGCUGGAUCAGUCGAUUCCACUAUCCGGUUAUUCUCGGUAUACAAUAUACCCAAAAUAUUCGUCUACACACUAGCUGGACACAAAAACCCUAUUAUGGGGGCAUUCAUACUUCAUAACUUUGUAAAUAUAUUAACAGUCAGCUCUGAUGGCGUAUUAUGUUUCUGGGAGGCAAACGUUUCUCUUGAUCAGCUGAAGAGCAUUGAUGACUCAAAACCUGUCUCAUUAUUUAGGAUCAGCAAUAGAUAUCGUUAUACAAACUCUAACGAAGUGCAAAUCAACGAUCCCGUUAGUGCAGUGGCAUUUCAUAAAGAUUUAAAAAUGCUUGCAACUGGGUUUGAAUCAGGGUUACUUUUACUACAUACAUUUCCAGACUUCAUAAUAAUCAGUGAAGUAAAUCUAUUCACUAACAGUAUAAGCAGUCUAACGAUUAACCGUAAUGGUGAUUGGAUUGGUGCAGGUUCAGAGCUAUUCGGACAAAUUGCUGUUUGGGAAUGGAGAUCGCAAUCCUGCUACCUACGCGCUGAUUCCCAUUCUAAGGAAAUGACUAGUUUGGCGUACUCUCCUGAUGGUUUACAUUUGGUAACUGGGGGUUAUGAUAACAAAGUGAAAGUUUGGCGUAUAUCUGGUGGCAGGUGUGUUGUAACCUUUACUGAGCACACAGCUGGUGUUACUGGAGUUGCAUUCCCAGCUCAAAAUUCCAAAGUCGUUUUGUCAGCCAGUUUGGAUGGGACCGUUCGCGCUCAUGAUCUGAUUCGCUACAGGAAUUUCCGUACAUUCACUGUGCCUACUCGUCGCGUUCAGUUCUCGUCGUUGGCUGUUGAUACGCGUGGCUCUCUUGUUGCUGCUGGAGGUCUGGAUACUUUUGAAGCUUAUGUAUGGUCAGUUAAGACGGGUCAGUUGUUGACUACCUUAACAGGGCAUACUUCUCCCAUUAGUGCACUAGCAUUUAAUCCUGCCAUUUCUGGUAUUGAUAUCGAAUUGGCUACUGUUAGUUGGGAUUGUACGCUUCGAUUAUGGGAUGUUACAGGCAAUUCGACUGAUGAAAAUAAUUUAUCUAGUAUGGGUCUUACAAAAGAGGUUGUUAAUUUUUCAUGUGAUGCUUUAUAUGUUGUAUAUCGAGCUGAUGGUAAGCAGCUGGCUAUUUCCCUUUUAAAUGGAAAUAUAGUUUUCUAUGACCCUGAUGAAGGGGUUGAAAUGGGAACCAUAGAUGGUCAUCGGGAUCUUGGGGUAGCACAGACUAAUGAGGAAGACUUAGUUACCCCACGUAGAGCAGCCGAAUCUAAGAAAUUCCAAACUAUAGCUUAUUCUGUCGACGGUGAACAUUUAAUAGCAGGUGGAGAUUCAAAAUACAUAUGUCUCUAUUCUGUUCCUGAUAAAUUAUUAAUUAAACGAUUUGAAGUCACAUGUAAUCUCUCACUAGCUGGAGUUCAAGAGAUACACGAUCGACGUAACUAUUUACAUCGUUUCAGUAUGGAAACAAUGAACGCCAAAGAAGCACAACGUCCUAGUUUGCGAAUCCCAUCAAGCAUUAAGGGUGAAGAUCGUAGUCGUCGCCAGUGGAGACCUGAAGUGAGAGUUUCUGCAGUUGAAUUUUCACCUACAGGUGAUUCAUUCGCAACUGCCACUACAGAAGGUAUUCUUGUAUAUUCCUUACCAUCUGCUGGAACAGGAUAUGGCAUAAGUAGUAUUUUUGGUGCUUCAAGCUGUAGUGAUAGUGGUUGGUUGUUUGAUACAUUAGGUAUUGAUGAACAAACCACUCCAUCAAAUGCUCGUAGUGCACUCGUUCAAGGUAGACAUGCAGAGGCGUUGGACAUGGCUAUUCGGUUGCAAUCGCAUGAACUUGUUGAGGAAGUCAUUGAAUCAAUUCCCGUUGACGAAAGUAAACAUUACUUAGAUCAUUUUACAUAUAUAUAUUUUUACCUGUCACCAUUAAAUCUCUUCAUUACUGGCAUGAUCUAGCUAUUGAAUUUUCUUGAUCAAAUCGGUCAUAAAUUUUUAAAUUUUCAGAUUUAUUCCUAAUAAUCUCAUGGUACAUAAUAUUAAAAAGAUUUGCUGGUAUUUAAUUGUGGUUAGACUAACCGUAUUUCUAAAUGUCAUCAUGGUCAGUGAUUCAGUUCUCUAUCCUUCAAUGACUUUAUGUUCAGUUUUUCUAUUGCAACUGUAACUCAUAUGAGAGUAGAUAGCUGUCGCAUUGUCUUGUACUCAUUUUUUCUAUUUCGUACAGUUUAUACUGAAAACGAUCUUAGUUGUAGUAAAUUCGAGUAAGAUGUAAAACAGUUAAGACAAUCAGCAUAGUCAAAGGGCUGUCGUUAUCACUUUUGAGUAUUAUUAUUUAAUAGUAUUUAUGCUAUUUUUAAGUCUAAGUAACUGAAUAAUUCCAUUCAUCAGUACGUAAGUGGGCAGUAUAUGCCCUUGAAUAACGGGAGGUGAGAUAUUAUUGUGGAAAUUUCAUCUUAUUUGAUUUAGGCCUCGACAUAAUUUAUUUAUGAUUGGGUAAGCAUCCUUGGGUGACAUUUCUUUCGUCCCAUAAAAGCAGUUAAGUUUUAUGUAAUUUAUAUUUCGGUUUCCUGUGAUAAAGCUGGAAAUUGUUAACAAUUAGUGAUAUAAAAAGCCUCAGUUGAUGAUGUUAACUACUGCACGUUUUCAUAAAUAAUGAGAUUAUUUUCAGAGUUCUUGCAAACGAAAAAGGACCUAACAGCUGUUCAUAUUCGUCUUACUGUAUGAUGAUGCCCAAGCCAUGAAAUCCGCACUUAAUCAGUUGGCAAUCAAUGUCCAUAGGUACGGUAUAUGCUUUGCACCUUCAAAGUGCAAAGAACUUCUACAAGACUGGCAGGAUUCCAAUCCUGUACUCACUCUGGAUGGUGAGCAGAUAGAAGUAGUCGAGAAGUUCGUGUAUCUGGGUAGCUGCAUAAGUGCUGGUGGGGGUGUGAGUGAUGUGAUCAAUGCACGUAUAGUGAAAGCCAGAGCGGCUUAUGCCAAUCUGGGCCAUCUUUGGUACCUUCGUGAUGUUAGUCUGGUUGUAAAAGGUCGGAUCCACAACGCGUCGGUGAGAGCAGUUCUGCUCUAUGCUUGUGAAACCUGGCCUCUCCGAGUUGAGGAUGUUAGAUGACUCUCUGUGUUUGAUCAUCGUUGUUUCCGAAGGAUUGUUGACAUCAAGUGGCAACACCAUGUUAGUAAUGCAGAGGUUCGGCAUCGUGUGUUCGGGCACAGAGAUGAUAAUUCAAUUGGUGUCGCCAUCUUGAAACACCGACUUCGGUGGCUUGGACAUGUACUACGAAUGUCGUCCCUGAGAAUUGCACGUCGUGCAUUAUUUGCCGACUUUGGGACUGGUUGGAAGAAGCGGAGAGGUGGUCAGAUUUCUUUCUUUUUUGACGACUUGUAGGAAAUAAACCAUUCUAUUCUAUUCGAGUUGGUUAUUUAAGAUAUUUAGCUACUUUAUACAUGGAAUACUUUCUGAUGAUGAAAUGCUGGAAAGUUUUUUCUUGGUAAUGUCCUUCAGCCUAUUGGACAAUUUUUGAUUGUGGAAAUAGGUUGCACAUACAGUCAUCGGAUUUGUGAAAAAGUCUUUGCAAUGAGUAAAUAUAGAUUAAGUCUUUGUAGUUGAAACUUGAUAUUUGGUAGUGAUCAAUUACUGAAGGGAAAUCUGAUGUCUCAUAAACAAUCUAUUAUUUCAUAGGUUUAAUUUUCACACUGCUGAUAUAUUUUUCAUGAAUUCUUUCUUCAAGGCUGUCUACACUUUGAAUUUUCGUUAUGUUUUAGUUGACUUUUUAGCCCGUCAACUCCCUAUCAAUCAAAUUGCACAUUAUCUCAUCUCUUUUCUUGCUCGUCAGUUGAGUGGCCGAUCACGUCAUGUUGAGUUAUAUGUUCGCUGGACACAUUCUAUACUCCGUUCUCAUGCGUUGAACUUGCGAAGAAUAGCUGCUAAUUCAGCUUUAUCUGAAUGUACGAGUUCUAAGGAGUCAAGAAAUCUUCCGAAUAACGAAUCAAUAGACAACAAAAAGGAACUUUGUAAUCCAGGUUUUUUAACUUUACAAGGUGAAUGGGCAACUUGCCAAGCAAACUUAGUUCGCUUACAGGCUAGUCUGAAUCAUGUAAAGUCUAAUAUAAUCAAACAUUGCGAAAAUGUGGACAAUUUGUGGAAUUAUUACGAAAGUUUAUUCAAAUUGUAUCACGAAAAGGAUGAUAAUAAUGUACAGAGUGAAAAUAUCAUGGAAUAUAGUUCGAGCUAAUUAGUUUCAUAUUGUACUUAUUCACUCUUACAUUAUGAAAAGUGCGUGUAUUUAUAAUUAAUAUAACUCGAUUUAUUGACAAUAUAAUCACAUCUUUGUUCGUAGAUUAUCCAUUUAUCGUGAAUUGUAUCUUCAAAACAUACUCAUAAUCAAAAUGUUUGUAAAUACAAGUUCUUUCAG